GUGAGCUAACGUCACAACAAAUGAUGUGCCAGGAAGGGAGUUUCAGGUUUUAGCUACACAAUGGAAGAAACCAUUCAUCGGGCGGAGGGGGUAGCAGUUAUUAACUACUAUACAGUACGUCGACUUAUGCAUUAAUGCUAUUUCUAACGGCUACGGGAAAAUAUCUAUAUGCAGCGUCCGUCAUAAAUCGUAAAAACGUGGAUUUUGCCAUGUCUCUUAACGUUCUUGCGUUUCCUCGUGGUUGUUUAAUGGUAUGAACUUAAGAAUUGGAGGCGGGAUUGUGACGCAGACGCCGCCAUUUUGUCUCUGUGCGCACUUAAGGUGGUUGUUUGUGGUGCCAGGCCCGUGCUGUCGCUACACCCGCCACCUCGCAAAGCGGCCGGUCGGCUUUAGCUGUGGUAGAUUGUUGUGUUAAGGGUUGGACGUUUGCGAGGAACCGAAGACUUCCGCCUGUUCUCUGAUUAACAGUCUCAUCGUUCGCCGUCAUCCCCUUCACCCCCGUCACAGCGCGACACGAGUCCGGACUAUGGGUGGGUCGGGGUUUAUUAGGGUGCGCAGCUCAUUGAGCAGUGUAGGUCUGAUGCAGUGGGGUCCGUUGGGGUCCCUGGUCUUUUCUUGACAUGGAUCCCCCUGGAGCACUCGCCUUCACCACCGCCAGCCUCCCCCUACAGAGACAGCUGCCCCGGUUCCCAAAUACCCGCACCCAGUCUCUCAUAGACCCCCAGACAGACAUGACAGGCAGCCAGCGCGACUAGGACAUCCGAGCAGCCACCCCUCUAACAAAGUAUCGCCUAAUCCUCGUCACGUGGCUGCGAUUCUUCUCGAGCACUUGCGCUACAGUUCGGAAUGAUCGCGUGUGGCGACAUGAUCGCUCUAACGCGUCGCUAAGCCUUUAUAAUGGGAGGCCGAACAUGUAAGUGUAGUAUCAGUUUGACUGCCUAGUGCUUUUGGCUCUGUCUUGUUCCCGUAGCACGUGCUCUUUUAGCUCACUGGCAUCAUGAUGUCCCUACCCAGGGGCUGUCAGCUGCACUCCAACAUGGUCCCCAUCUCUGGCCAAAUCCCUGGAAUCGUAUCAAAACUCAAUGUGUGCUGUGAUCAAUUGCUCUCACCCUACCACACAGAUAAAUAGUACUAGAUUGUCACGGUAUACAAGCUGUAGACUGGGGGCUGUUGACCUAAAGCGAAUUGACACCAGUGGAAUUUAGAAUGCAGGUUUAUUCUGGAGGUUUUUCUUUGGGCAGGGAGAUUUGAUAUGCCUGUGGAGGAUGGGUUAUGAGUUUAUGGUUCAGGUUAGUGGCAGGGAAUAAAUUUCUAUUUUUAUUUCAGUUAUACCCUAGUGUUUUAACUGGUUUUGUUUUAAGUGUUAGAAAAAUGCCUCUUUUAGUUCCAUCGAAAAACACCACCCUGUAUGUCACGGCGGUACAGCCUGUUCUAGUUCCUGACCCUGAUAGGAAGGCUUAACACACACAACUGCCUGAAUAGUGCAUUGGGUUGCGCUGCCCACUUGAUUUAGUCACUUAAAUCUUGUAACAUGGCUUGUUUCUGCUGAACUGGUGUCCUACACGCACACAAAUAUACCCGCCAUUAGCAACAAGCUUUAGAAGCGUUUGCACCAGCUGUUAUAAAACAAAACAAAAAAAAAAACACAAUAUGGGGGACCCAAACUGUCGCAAGAAGCAGGCUCUUAACAGACUGCGCUCUCAGCUACGGAAGAAGAGAGAAUCUUUAGCUGACCAGUUUGAAUUCAAGAUGUACGUCGCUUUUGUGUUCAAGGACAAGAAAAAGAAGUCGGCAUUAUUUGAGGUGGCUGACGUGAUUCCAGUUAUGACCAAUAACUAUGAAGAAAAUAUUCUGAAAGGUGUGCGAGAUUCCAGCUAUUCCUUGGAAAGUUCCAUUGAGCUUCUACAGAAGGAUAUAGUACAGCUUCAUGCACCUCGCUACCAGUCCAUGCGCAGGGAUGUUAUUGGAUGCACUCAAGAGAUGGACUUUAUUCUUUGGCCAAGGAAUGACAUUGAGAAGAUUGUCUGUCUUCUUUUUUCAAGAUGGAAGGGAUCUGAAGAACCCUACAGGCCAGUUCAGGCCAAGUUUGAAUUUCAUCACGGAGAUUAUGAAAAACAUCUUCUGCACAUUCUGAGCCGGAAAGACAAGACUGGUAUUGUUGUAAACAAUCCUAGCCAGUCAGUGUUCCUAUUUAUUGAUAGACAACAUUUGCAGACUCCUAAAAGCAAAGCUACAAUCUUCAAGUUAUGCAGCAUCUGUCUGUACCUGCCACAGGAACAACUUACCCAUUGGGUAGUUGGCACUAUUGAGGAUCACCUUCGCCCUUACAUGCCAGAAUAAGGUUUUGACCAGCCAAACUGGGAAGAUCAGUUAUUAGCAGCAAUUUUAUUUUCUUCUAAAUUACAGAAGAAUAUGGACUCAUGCUCAGAACACUUGUAUGUUGUGAAUCUUCAUGCUGGAUAUUUUUUUUUUGUCAUUUUUGUAUCAGAACUUUUUUUUUUUUUUUUAAUUUCAUUUUUUGUUUUUACUUUGUGUGUGGACCUUGUGAAGAGAGGAUGUUCAAUACAUCUCUUGUUAUAGAUUCUUAAAAUGUGAAUUGAUGGGACUGUGUCACACUGAAUCAAAUGUAUCUGAAACCACAAGGUAUUUUGUUUGGUGGUCUUCCCAUUUGCACUGGUCAUUCCCCUAUCACUUACAUGACAGUAUUGAGGGUGAAAAAAAAUGAAUGUAAGUUGUAUAAAUAGCUUUGCUGCUUCACUAUAUUAUGAAAGCAUCUGAAUCUCUUUAAGCAUACCAUAUGUUGGCUUACAAUGAAGACUGGCUCAGAUAUAUAUGGAAAAGGAAAUUCUGUUUAUUCAGCAUUUGCUUUCAUAUCUUAGUUCAGUUUGCAGGGCAGUGAAGAAGUUCUGGCACUUUUACACUUUGAUAUCUUCUCCCAGUUGCUGCAUAACAGUGUUUUCCCUACUUAUGGAACACACAAGUCUAAGGUGUCUGCAGUAACUAUAUAUUAAAACGACUUUAAAUUCUUGGAAAUUUAGAAACCAUGUUUUUGAGGAUAGGUAUCGAAAUACGAACCUGCUGGCGAUUUGUGCAAAUAUUACUUUUUCCUAAAAUAAAGUAAUAUUUUUAUAGUUAAAAAUAAAACCCUUGGUGGUUUCAAUAAAGUAAAGUUAGAACACCGUUACAAAUUGUAAAAGAAGUUUGAAGUGUGAAAUUUGGUUCAAAGAAUCAUUUUAUUUUGUGCAAUGAUAAGGUUGACUACUGUAUUGUUUUUAAGAGAAGGCUUUUCUGAAAGGUUUCCGUACCUUUCAUGAAUUAACUUGUAUAGACCUAUUCCCUUUGGCUAAUACUAGUGCUUACCUGAUUUAAUUGUAUCUAGCUUUGUUUGAAAUUGGAUUACAUUGGAAAUUAAAAUAAAUGAUCUAAAUGAAA